AUGGGCCUGUCCAAGGACGGCUACAGCAUAUCCACAUUUCAGCUGCUGACAGAGAACUGUGGCAUCUUGCAGAUCCCAAUAGCGAUCGCAGACCGUCCCCCUGACUCCUUCAUGAUGCAGCUCCACUCGGCCAGAACAGGAAUCAGAGCCAUUCACCCACCUAUUGGGAGCUUACAGCUCUCAUCUUCACACCAGCGCGAGACCAAGAGCUGCACCUACUCUGUGGUUUGCGGUGGUGAUCUGAGGCUGGUGAAUGGAGGCAGUCCCUGUGCUGGGAGAGUGGAGAUUCUUCAUGAGGGACAGUGGGGGACAGUUUGUAGUGGUGGCUGGGAUAUAGAGGAUGCUGGAGUUGUGUGUAAACAGCUGGGCUGUGGAUCUGCUGUAUCAGCACCAAUCGAUGCUCACUUCGGAGCCGGUUCUGGAACCAUCUGGCUGGCUGGGGUUUCCUGCAACAGCUCUGAAUCUGCCCUGCGGGACUGUGGGUCAUUGGGGUGGGGUGAGACCUCUUUCCUCACUCACGCCUUGGACGCUGGAGUGAUCUGUUCAGGACAUAGAGCAGUGCGGUUAAGUGGUGGCAGCAACCUCUGCUUUGGGAGAGUUGAAGUAGUGCAUGGGCAGUGCUGGGGAACGGUCUGUGAUGCUGACUUUGACUGGCAGGAUGCAGAGGUUGUCUGUCGGGAGCUGCAGUGUGGAAUUCCUCAAAAGGUGCUGGGAGCUGCUCAGUUCAAGGAGGGGAAUGGUACACUUUGGUCGGAGGAGAUCCAGUGCUUUGGAAACGAAUCCCGGCUCUAUGACUGUCGAACUACAGACACAAAGAAGCAGAGCUGCACACACAGGAAUGACGUGGGCCUUGUCUGUUUUGGGUACACUGAGUACAGGCUGGUGGGUGGCCCGGACUCCUGUUCUGGUCGAGUGGAGCUGCAGUACGAAGGUCAGUGGGGGACGGUCUGCGAUCGCUAUUGGGAUCUACAGGACGCCACAGUUCUCUGCAAGCAGUUGAAUUGUGGGUACGCUGUAUCAGUCCCAGGGCAGGCCUGGUUUGGUGAAGGCAGCGGUGAUGUACGGGCUGAUAUAUUCGACUGUGAUGGCAGUGAGACACACAUAUCAAAUUGCUCCAUCUCUGCAUGGGGACAAGGUGCCUGCACUCAUAGCAAUGAUGCAGGAGUGAAUUGUUCAGGUCCAUUGCUACCAGCAGAAGCAGGUCGAGUCGGGCCUCUACUAAGUAAAUGCAACACCAGUAAUGAAGGGACCACGCUGUGCUCAGGUUAG